AUGUCCCUGUUUGGCAAAAAGACGUGGCGUGUGCAGGAUAUUGUCCGUACAGAUGGUGGUAAGGAGGUGUUAAGUAUUCUAAAGAUCUCACAUCCUUUUCGAAAACAACGCAUAGUUGUGGUACCUGCACCCGCUUUUGCUCAAGAGUCCUAUUACACAGACUGGGUAUAUCAGCCAUACGCAAAGGAACACCGCAUGUUUGUCAGUAAUGAUAUCUUUAAUCCAACCUAUGUGUACUUGGCACGUAUUCUCAUUCGCCGUGGUAUAUUUCCAGGAUAUGCCUACUUUCAUCCUAUGGGAUUUCCAGACUGUGUGGAUCUUAAUCUUUCACGGCGUGAAUUUAUCGCCAGAGAGCAGCCUUUGAAAACACCAAUGCCAUUAUUGCUUCUUACACCAAAUUUAUUACGCCAGAAUAGUCACCCAUGGAUUGCUCGACGAGUACUCAAUAUUGUUGGAGAACAAUACGUUACCCACCCACGAGAGGAACAUCAAUCCAUGAUGUUUAUUCUUCCCCCUGCUUAUGUCCCAUCAGCUGUCAAUACACUGCAAAGUCUUGGAUUUCAGGUAACCGAUCACACCACCGCUGUCGCAGGUGAAGUCGAAACUUUACAGAAAUUAAACAGGUGGAGCGAUAUAGCGCAACUGGUAGCAUUGGGUUAUAUAUGGUUUAUGGCUUUACUUUUUAUAGUGAAUGAGUCUCGGCGGGUGGAAUCCAUGUUUCAAGAUUACAAACGGGAAAUGGUGGAGAAGGCUGGAAAGGAUCCAGCCAAGAUGGGUCUGUAA